AUGACGAAUUUUCUUAAAAUUCUCUUUGGUACCAUGCCUUUCAUUGUAUCCUUUAUCUCACUAUUCGCUUGGACAUAUACCUGUAUUUUCGAUCAUAAAUUAAUACAUUCGUAUUCUAGUCAGAUGGAUGUCAGGAUUGCUCAUAUCAACGAUUAUAUCAAUAAAGAGUUCAAUAAAAAGUAUGGUACUCAUUUAGUUGAAGCGAUUCUCGAAGAUGAGAAAGAAGACUAUGGGUAUCAUGAAAGAGCUCCCCGAGGAUUACAGGAUUCGGAAUGUAAGAAGACUAUAGUUGUGAAAUUUAUAUUCAGUUUCUCAAUAUCAUUGAGUAUUCAAUUAAUAAUUUUGAUGAUGUGUGAGCUCACGGAAUUCGCUUACGAAGAGUCUAGACUAUUGAUGUUUCAAAUCACGAUUGACUUGCUAAUUUUUUUCAUUACAUUUAUCCAGCCGUACAUAAUUAUAAGCGCGUUGAUAAAUCAUGAUUUAUAUCCUACACAAAGGAUGCAAAUUGUGAUAACAUCGGCCUUUUUCAUCUUGUGGCUCUAUGUUUUGCAUAAAUUUGGUGACCUAUCAAAAUCAUUCAUACCAAAUCCAGUUACUAUUAAUCCGAGAUCAUUGAUCGAAAUCAAGGUUAACGAGAUAUCUAUUUCUGGCAUAACAACAUUAGCAAUAUUGUCUGGAAUUGGUUCUACUUCGACACCUUAUCGGCUUUUUGGUUUUACAAACGCGAUAAGUAACAUAAUAAGCGGUAAAAGAAAUAAGUAUAAAUCGAAAGAAAUUAGCGAGUUAGACAUCAAUAAUAACAUACAAUCAUUAAACCAUACAAAUUCACUUUUAUCAAAGAGGAUUAGGGAGCUAAAUAAACUCCAGUCAAUUAAUAGUGGUACUGUCUACAAUCACCUGAACCCAUCUUAUGACAGUGUUCUUUACAAGAACGCCGGAUCAAAUAGACAAAAAGUGGACAGUUUACUUCAUAAAGUGCAGUCAUUUGCAAGUUUCUCUGGAUUCUCUAAAUCUAAUGUUGAAGAAAAAGAGCUUGAAGAAGAAAUCAAGUCUUUAAAGUUAGUGCUACAAGGCGUUUUCGAUGAUCUAUUGAAGAAUCUAAGUCGUUUUGAUACAAACAUGAAGCGAAUAUCAAAUUCAAACAAAAUUAGGAACAUUAUUACAAAUAAUUUCAAUAUAUUAUUUGGACUAUAUUGUAUCUACAGGGUAGUGAACGUGUUAUUUAUCAAAAUGCUAUUAGGGUUAGUAAAAAGCAAAGCACCACACCUGAGCCAAGGUGUUGAUAAUGAAGAUCCCGCAAGUGCUUCUUCUCCUACUAAGGAUGCAUUGGCGGUUACUUUAUCAAAAAUUGUCAUGUCUUUUUUCACAGUCCCGUUUUCUGAGACCCAAUUGAUCAAUCAAAUAAGCUUCAUACUCUCUGGAAGUUUAUUUCUCUGCUCAUUUUCAAACGUUCAGACUACUUUGAAGUCUUAUGGCCGGUUUUUUCCCUCUUUGACGAAAAUGCCGCUGUUUGCAAAGAACUGGUUAAAGCACGUUGCUAUUUCUGAGCUUUUAAGUAUCUAUGUGAUUUCUACAGCAUUGCUAAUUAGGACAAAUUUGCCCUCUAACUUAUCGCAGCAAAUAUCUAAAAUUUUGUCUCUUUCAGGAAGUUCUAAUUCCAAUUCGGAAAUCGCAAUCCAAGAAGUUGCAUUUAUUGACAAAUGGUUCGAUAAGGUCUUUGCACUUGCAUCUCUUUGCACUUUGAUUCUGUUGACUUUAAGGGACUUCAUGUCAUCGAACAAGGACAAUGAUAUAGAUGAAGAGAGUCUUAUCGAAGAUAAUCCUGCUUUCUAUAAGACCGCAUAA